GCACCGGCAUCUCCUCACCUGCCAAACGAAUCCUCCGCCGGGACCUUCCUCUCUCGCUUCGCUGUCUUCUUCGCUCCCUGCAGCCGCCAACCGUCACCUCAACCAGCCAUGGCCUUCAGCGGCAAGUACGAGAUGGAGAGCCAGGAGAACUACGAAGAGUUCCUCCAGCGCAUCGGCAUUCCCGAUGAUGUCAUCGAGAAGGGCCGCAACUUCAAGACCGUGACGGAGGUGGUCCAGAACGGCAACGAGUUCACCUGGUCCCAGGUGUACCCCAACAGGACCAUGACCAACAAAUUUAUCAUCGACCAGGAGUGCGAAAUGGAGACCAUGGCUGGGAUAAAGUUCAAGGCCACCGUGACCAUGGAUGGGGACAAAAUCUGCGCGAACUUCCCCAAAUACCAACAGACAGUGCAGCUAAGCGGAGACAAGCUCGUUGAGUGCUGCACCGUGUCUGGCGCCAAGGGCACCGUGACCAUGAAGAGAAUCAGCAAGAGGAUCUAAAAAUCUCCAUCAUUUUGGCUCGUCCUUUAAAGAAUAAAAAAUAAAUGUUCUAGCAGCA